CUGGAAAGCAGAGACUGCGAACACACGAGAAUCCAUCGCACUUAGAGUUGGACUCGGAAACUCUGACGAAAGUAACGAUGGUCGGCUCGGAAAUCGCGGGCGCCCAAGACACCAUCUACCUCUGCAACUUCCGCGUCUCGGUCGACGGCGAGUGGCUUUGCCUGAAGGAGUUGCAGGACGUUGAGUUUUCCAGCGCCGCUGGACAUUUUUCCCCGACCAGCCCCACGAUCGAUCACCCCGCGCUCCUUGCUCGCGACCCGGCAGCCGUCGAGCGCAGCAAUCUGGUCAACAUCUCAAAACUAGUGGUAAAAGAGUUGAUUGAAACCUCAUUGAAGCAUGGUCGAAUGCUCGAUUCCGAUCACAUGCCCUUGCAGCAUUUCUUUAUUGUGCUUGAACAUGUCAUCAGGCACGGCCUGAAACCGAAAAAGGGUUUGCUGGGACCAAAGAAGGAACUGUGGGAUGUUUUGCAAAUGGUUGAGAGGUACACGGCUGAAGCUGCUGACAUCACAGCCAGUGUUAGAGACCUCCCUGUUAGAACACACAUGGGUCGGGCCAGGGCUUGGCUUCGACUAGCUCUGAUGCAGAAAAAGUUGGCCGAUUAUGUCAAGGUGCUGAUCGACCACCGCGAAGGAAUGAUGCUAGAUUUUUACGAACCGGAGGCUCUCAUGAUGAGCGAAGAGUCGGUCAUUAUAAUGGGUCUUCUUGUCGGUUUAAAUGUGAUCGACUGCAAUUUGUGUCUCAAGGGCGAAGACUUAGACAGUCAGCAGGGGGUUAUCGAUUUCUCUCUUUAUUUGCGAAGCACAAGCCAAAGUGGUGAACCUCAGACCGAGGAGGGCGAUUUGGACAACAUAAGCACAGUUCUCGACCAGAAGAAUUACAUAGAGGAGCUCAACAGGCAUCUCAACGCAACAGUUACCAAUUUGCAAGCUAAAGUGGAAUCCUUAACGACGACCAAUGCUUUGAUGAAAGAAGAUCUCAUGAUUGCGCGAAAUAAUCUGAAAGGCCUUCAGGACGAAAAUGAAGCGCUCAGGAGGGAACUCAGUGUUGAAAAUCCUCACGGACACAAAUCAAAAGACGAGGUUUGCAGUGCAGCUGAAAAAUCUGUCAAAAGAAUAACAUUGCAAGAAAUGGAAGAUUUGAAAAGGCAGCUGGAUCUGGAGCGGAGCAAACGGAUUGAAAUUGAAAAAGAAUUUGAGUUGCAGAUGAGUAUUAAAGCGGAAAUGGAAGUGGCUAUGAAAUUGCUGGAAAAGGACAUCCACGAGAAACAAGAUACGGUGAUCUCACUUAGAAGGCAGCUCGACGAUAUUAAAUUCAUCAAUCUUGAAAUGUACAAGAAGUUAGAGGAGUGCGAGCAGGAACUGAAACAAAAAGGGGAGAUGGAAUGUGAUAACUCAAUUAAACAUAAAACUGAACUUAUUAGCAAGCUGGAAAGCAAGAGCGAAGCCAUGGCAGAUACAAUUCAAAAGUUAGAAGAGAAAAGAACGGCAGAUAUAGAGGAACGAAAGCUUGCAGUGGAGGAACUCAAACGUAAGGGUCAAAUUGACGAGGCAAAGUAUGUCGCUGCAAGCAACGACUUGGAAGAGGAGUUGAAAAUCGAAAGAGAAUGGAGAAAGAGCCUGGAAAAAGCUAUCGAGCGAGAGAAGGACAAACUCGCAGAAAUGAAUGCCGAGCUCGAUCAACUCAGAGAGGAGCUUCAGACAGCUAAUCUAGAAAUCAAGAACCUGCAUAUGCUGAGGAGAGAGCAGGAAUUGACUCUAGAGGAAAUGGGCUCUCAGCUAAGCCAGUCAAAGCUACAAAUCAUAGAUCUGAAGGAAGACAGGGAGAAGAGUCUGAAAUUAAACGCUAAAUGGGCCAAAGACAGCACAGCUAUCGAGUGUCAUGCAUGCCACACUGCUUUCAAUCUUACCAAACGGAAGCAUCACUGUCGCAAUUGUGGUGAAAUAUUUUGCAACGACUGUUCAGACAAUCAGAUGCCUCUGCCCAGUUCUGCAAAACCUGUGCGUGUUUGUGACGAGUGCAAUCUUAAAUUACUAUCAAGUGCUUCGGUUGUUCGACAAUGAUAAUUGUUCUGUACAAAACUAAGCUCCAGCUAAAUGAAAUUAUUGAUCAAAAAAGCUCAUAAAUCCAUGUGUUCACAGCGUUUCCUCUUAUUCUUGCAUUAAUUAUAAUUGGUAUAAUUGACUGUGUUUCAGUUGUUAUUGUUGCAAAAUAUUAUAUUUUUAUUACUAGAUCAUCUGGUUGUUGUUUACCAAAUCUUUUGUCAGUAGGAGGACCAAUUUGAGAGCAUAAUUUAAUUGAUAGAAAAAUGUACGUGUUGGCAUUGCAAAUUAUAUCAUGUUAUCAUAAUUCUAUAUAAAGUUGGCAUAAUAUUGUAAUUUCUUGUUGCUAAAAAGCUAUUUGGUUGCAAAAGGUAUCUAAAUUGCUAAAAUUUUAAUUGAGAUUGGUUGAUUUGGUUGUGAAUGGCCUAAGAUUUAAUAUGGUUAUAUUAUAUUAACGAAAUAUCUUUUAUCGAGAUCUGAAUCUAACAGAAAUGUUUAGCUGCUCUAUUGCUGCACCAUAUUAUCUCAUCGUCAAUAAUACUUGCUGUAUUUUUCCAAUACUUUGCUACAAUAUUUUUUACCAGAUUUGAAAUGUAGCUUCCAAAUCUCCAAUUUUAUGUUGAAAAAGGGAAAACUGAUUUUUGUGAUAUGGCAAAAUUUUUAGGGAAAAAAAUAAAUCGGAUUAACUGUCUGUAUUUUAAAAGAAUC